ACGUAUUUCGACGACCACUGCAUCAACGUGACCAACAGCAGCAAGUAUGGAAUGGAAGACUUCGAGCUGAGUCUGAACUACUCGUUUUUGUUGCCCAAGAAUGAAGAACUCCCGAGUCCCGAGACAUCUUGCUUGUGGUGGAUAACUCAAAAUCCAACACAUCUGGACCUUUUGAGGCACCCAGUCCUCAGGCUCUUUUUGCACUUCAAGUGGCAGAAGAUAUCCAAAGUCUUUGCUCUGCACUGCAGUUUGUAUGCCGUUUACCUGGCUUUUCUAUUCGUAUAUUUAGUAUGGGGAGCGUUUCCUGUCAUUUUGAAAGCUGAGCAUUCGCCUGAGGAACCUGUGGAUUGUUUCAAGGUGAGCUUGACGUACAAUGGUUCGACUCAUGAUUUGCAGAAUGCCGCUUGCGAAAUCGCCAAGACGGAAGAGAAUGUCCAUAAAGUGGAAAACUACUUGGAACUUCUUUCGCCAACCUGGAACGUUGUCAGAGUUAUCUUGAUAGUUCUGAAUACGCUUGUUUUGCUUUUGGAAUUCAUGCAGUUCUUGGUCAGUCCUUUC